AUGGUUGGAUUUGCUCUCAAUGGUGGUGGCUCGACAUCAUUUUCAACUGCACUCCACAGAUCAAGUGCUUGGAGACAUGCUGCUGCUGCUCACGAUGCUGGUAGUUUGUUGCAUUGCAGACCAAUGCUCAACAGUUUCUUCCACUUGCAUCGGAAAGAUCUAGCAGACAUUUUGGUGGUUAUCAACAAAACAGAGAAGGCAUCUGAAGGGUUUCGCUUUCUCAGAUGUCUAGGGAAAAGGAAACAAGCAAAGUUUUUGGAGCUCGACUUGAGUGAAACAGCCAUAGCAGAACCACCAUCCUUUAUUUUUCAAUUUAAAAAUCUUAAAGUUCUUUCUUUCAAUGGGCGCAAGGGACCAUCAUAUAAGUUACUACCAAAUUUGCCUUCUCUUUUCAAGGUAAUCCAAGGAAGAAGGACGAAUCCCAUGGCUCAGAUGUUGCCUUUGUUGUCAGGUUUGAGUUCUUUAAGAGAGCUAAAACUAAGGGACUGCAAUCUUUGUGAAGGAGAUCUUCCACGUGAUAUUUAUGGUCUAUCCUCUUUGUGGCCUCUUGAUCUUAGUGGUAACAAUUUCAUCAGCAUACUUGCAUCUCUUACUCGACUCUCGAAGCUCGGAAAUCUUAUAUUGUCAAAUUGCAACAUGUGCACUCUUGGUGAAGCAGAUAUUCAUGGUGAUAUUUCUGGUAUAUCCUCUUUGAUACGUUUUGAUCUUAGUGGUAAGAAUUUCAUCACCAUUCCUUUGGCUCUUACUCAACUUUCCAGGCUCAAAUUGCUUAAAUUGUCAGGUUGCAAGAUGCUUAAAUCGUUGCCUGAGCUACCAACAAGUAUAGCAGCUGUGCAUAUAGAUGGUUGUUCUUGA